AUGGUGGAAAUAGAUACGGAUACCAAGUCACACGGAGGAUUGGCAAAUAAGAAAAAAAUCAGCAGCACAGAUCACUCUCCAUCUAUGGUUCAAUUCAUAUCUUCUGUUGGCGGCCGCUUAGUGGAAUCACGUGUUGAGCGGCAAGCGAGGGUCAAUGCUGCAUGUUCCUCGCUCAUUGAAAUCGGUUUCCCUUCCGAUCUGUUUACCAUUAAAAAUAUCUAUACGCAUGGCUACACCGAAGAGGACUUGCUCGAGUUUAUCAAACCAAUUUCUUGCAUCACAGAUCUUGACGAGUUGAGGCAUCUUUCCAAUGCAACUAAUCUAUUAACAACUAGGAAUGAUUUCAACCAGUUUAUAGACCAUAUGGAAUGGCUGCAGAAGGAUAAAGAAGGUAGGAAAGUUAUGAAGGGUGUAAGAAGAAGAAUAUUAAAGAAGAAAUUCGAAAAGAAGAAGGAAUUGUCAAAAGCUGAUGUUUCCUUUGCAAGAGAGCUUGUUGAUUAUACUACUUCUCGUAUCCGAGAACACAAACAAAUUAAGCGCAAGAUCCAUGAAUUAAAGAUGCGUCAAAUAGAGCUGGAGAGAGAAUGUGUUGAUUUGAAGACAAAGUUAGCUCCUAUUUAUGAAUACGAAGAGCUUCCUAUAGAUGAAUUGAGAAUUGAGGCAUAUCAGCUUUACCAAGAAGAUUGUAGAUCUAAAGGGAUAACUUCUGUACCAGAACUUUACGAGUUAGGAUUUGAGAAGGUGGUUAAGCCAUUUGGUGGCAUUGUGAAGGAGCGUCACCUUCUUAAGUACUUGAAUGAUCCUAUUAGAAGAGAGAACGUUUUAAAGUUCUUUAACAAGAUUAAGAGGUUGGAGUGUCCUGGUGGUUUUAUUGUUUUUCUUGGAAAUGCUUUGAACGAAAAUGGGAAUACUGUUUCUAAGUUUGCAAGUGAUGUAUCUGAGGAGGUCUGUGGCGGUGAUGGUGAUGGUGAUGGCGAUGCUGUUGAUGAUCAGAAUUUUGUGGCUUCUGAAUCUGUAGAAGCUUGGAAUGAAACUAAUAAGAUACCGUUUUUGAGUUUGCUUGUCUGA